UGGACUCAACCACUGGGUACACCGUGGUACAUCAAUGCUGAAGUUGACCUCGUAAUGGCAAAUCUGGACAAAAGUCUGGACACCCCUUACUUCAACAACCACCCUGAUGAAAAAGAGGCACUGAAGCGACAAUUGGAAAAUCUUUCGGCUACCGCUUUUAGCCUGCAGCAACUGCUAUUCGACCUUGACAACGCAGCACUUCAGGAUGUUCCAUCUAUUGGCGGCAUACCAGCUGACUCCAACGCAGAGUAUGUGCUUACGAAGACCUGGACAAAUCUAUACAGCAAAGCCGCUAAGGAGCGCGGAUGGCCACUGCUAUCAGUGUCCGCGACAGUGCAAACACCAGAUCCCUCGCAACUUCAGAUGACGGCGUUCGAGCGACGUAUGUACCCCUGAAAUCAUCCUUUUCUACUCAUCGCAAUUUAGAGAAAAUUUAUCAUAUUGAAGCGUAGCCGAUGUAUCUAGGAGUAUGCAGCAGUUCUAAGAGCCCAUCUAGUUUUCCUCAAGGAGU